GGCCGGCGGCCUCCGCCAGGGCCAAAGAUGGCGGCUCCCGCGCAUCCGGUACCUCCUCUCCGGCGUCCGGCUGGAAACAGGGGGCGGGAGGCGCCCGGCCCCGCUCCGCGCCCUUGGCAGGGGCAGCGCCCGCUGCGGACAUGGCGGCCUGGCCCGCCCUCCCCCUCCUCAUCAACCUCGGCGGGUCGCUGCUGGGCUUCGCGGCCACGCUGACACUGAUCCCGGCCUUCAAGGACCGCUUCCUCGCCGCCCGGCUCUUCGGCGAAGACCUCAACAAGGCCUCGCGGCGGCCCGUCCCCGAGGCGCAGGGCGUGAUCAGCGGGGCCGUGUUCCUCAUCAUCCUCUUCUGCUUCAUCCCCGUGCCCUUCCUGAGGUGCUUCGUGGAAGAGCAGUGCGCGGCCUUUCCCCACGACGAGUUCGUGGAGCUCAUCGGUUCACUCCUUGCCAUCUGCUGCAUGAUUUUCCUGGGCUUUGCAGACGACGUGCUGAACCUGCGCUGGCGCCACAAGCUCCUUCUGCCCACCAUGGCUUCCCUCCCGCUGCUGAUGGUUUACUUCACCAGCUUUGGGAACACGACCAUCGUGGUGCCGAAGCCCUUCCGGGUAUUGCUGGGCAUGCACUUGGACCUGGGUAUCCUCUACUACGUGUACAUGGGCAUGCUCGCGGUGUUCUGCACGAACGCCAUCAACAUUCUCGCCGGAAUUAACGGAAUCGAAGCAGGGCAGUCGCUGGUGAUAGCUGCUUCCAUUAUCGUGUUCAACAUUGUGGAGUUAAACGGGGAUUAUCGAGAUGAUCACAUUUUUUCUCUCUACUUCAUGAUUCCGUUUUUUUUUACCACGCUGGGGCUGUUUUACCACAACUGGUACCCGUCGCGAGCGUUCGUUGGGGACACCUUCUGCUACUUUGCUGGCAUGACUUUCGCCGUGGUGGGGAUCUUGGGGCACUUCAGCAAAACAAUGCUGCUUUUCUUCAUCCCGCAAGUGCUCAACUUCCUCUACUCCUUGCCUCAACUCUUCCAUGUCAUUCCUUGUCCCCGUCACCGGCUGCCGAGGCUCAAUCCUAGUACAGGGAAGUUGGAGAUGAGCUACUCCAAAUUCAAAACUAAGAGCCUCUCUGCCCUGGGAACAUACAUUCUGAAGGCAGUCAAGAUCCUGCACAUAGUAGAUGUGAGGAGUGGAACGGAUGAAGAUGGCGAAUACACAGAGUGCAAUAAUAUGACGCUUAUUAACUUUGUUAUAAAGCUGAUCGGACCCACCCACGAGCGAAAUCUCACACUCCUGUUGCUACUCAUUCAGGUCCUGGGCAGUACGAUUGCGUUUUCAAUCCGGUACCAACUGGUGCGUUUGUUUUAUGACGUCUGACGGGGCUGCUGGGAGCAGGGGAUAGAGUUAUACCUGCCAGUUGAUUUUCUCCAAUUGCUGACCAAAUGAUUCA